AUGGUGCUGAUGGAGCUCCGUCUCCUUGUACUUGCCAUGUGGGUUGGCGCUGGAGUAAAGCUCCAAGUUCAGGGCGACCAGAUGAAGCCGUCCUGGGCACCACUGAUCCCUAAUCGGCCUUUUGUUGUAGUGUGGAAUGCUCCUACUGAGUCCUGCCGCCUUCGAUUCAAGGUAGACCUUGACCUCAGAGUUUUCGACAUUGUAGCAAAUCUCAACGAAACCCUUAGUGGCCCAAACGUUACCAUAUUCUACCACAGCCACUUGGGAUACUACCCAUACUACUCCAACGGGAUUCCUAUCAAUGGUGGACUACCGCAGAACCAGAGUAUUUCGAAACAUCUGAGCAAGGCCCGGGCCGACAUUGAUAAACUAAUCCCCCACAAGGAUUUUCGAGGCCUGGGUGUCAUUGACUGGGAGAACUGGAGGCCCCAGUGGGUCCGAAACUGGGGGUCUAAGGACAUCUACCGCAACAAGUCCAAGGAACAGAUCCGGAAACUUCACCCAAACUGGCCAGAAAGCAAGGUGGAGAAGGAAGCCAAGGAAAGUUUUGAGAGGGCUGGGCAGGCCUUCAUGAACCUGACUUUGGCCCUGGCUGAGGGUCGUAGACCAGAUGGCCUGUGGGGGUUUUACCUGUUCCCAGAUUGCUACAACUAUGGGUAUAAGCAGCACCCACAACGGUACACUGGGGAAUGCCCCAAUGUUGAGCAUGUGCGCAAUGACCACUUGAUGUGGCUUUGGAAGGAGAGCAUGGCCCUCUACCCAUCUAUCUACUUGGAUUAUGAGCUCAAGUCCUCUCCCAAUACUGUCAAAUUCGUCCACUAUCGAGUCAAGGAAGCAAUGAGGAUUGCUUCCAUUGCCCGUCCAGACGUCACAUUGCCAGUGUUUGUCUACUCUAGACCUUUCUAUGCCUACACCUUUGUGGUUCUUUCAGAGAGCGACCUAGUUCACACUAUUGGGGAGAGCGCCGCCUUGGGAGCAUCAGGUGUCGUCCUCUGGGGAUCAUCAGAGUAUUCUCGAACACAGAGGAACUGCCUGACAGUGAAGAAGUACAUUGAUGGUUCACUGGGACAUUAUGUCAUCAACGUCACCUCUGCUGCCAAGCUGUGCAGCAAAGCGCUUUGCAAGAAGAACGGCAGGUGUGUCCGAAAGAGCCUGGACUCAGGCGCUUACCUGCACCUGAAUCCACGCUUCUUUCACAUCCACCGCAACCCAACACCCAGGGGACCCCACUUCCAUGUCAGCGGUCACCUCAACAACUUUGACAUCCUUGACAUGAAGCACAAGUUCACCUGCCAGUGUUACCAGGGUUGGACAGGUGUUUACUGUGAGAUGCCCCAAGGUCCACUCCAUACUCCUCCCAUACUUCAGCCCACCGUUCCUCUACCUCACCCCAAGGAGAACAGCCUGCUGGGAGAUAUCCUGCUCCUCCUAUCCCUCCAUUUCUCCUGUCUGUGUAUCAUCAUGUUCUUGGGACUCUGUCUGAUUAUAAAGUGUCUGAUACUGUAG